AUGAUGGCAUCUCAGGCCCCCGACCCCGCCUCAAACCCCGCGACGACAAUCAGUUUCCCGCAGGAUCCGUCCGAAUUCGACAGCGACCCGCGGGUCUCGUUCUCCAAGCUAGACGACAAAUUCAUCCUGGAAACCGAUGACGGAAGCGAGUUUGAAUACGAUACGGUGCUGAAGCGGUGGAUUCCGACGGUCGAUGAUGACUUGCUUCGCCAACAGCAAGAAGCCUACAAGGUCCAAGGAGUGGAUGAGAACGAAGCGGUGACGGCGCAGACGUUGAAGAAAAAGCGGAAGCAGCAAGCAAAUACCGAAGAGGGUAACGGACAAAAACAAAAGAAGCAGCGUGUUAAUACAGCCGUGUUCGUCACAUCGAUCCCUCUAGAUGCAGGCUUCGAGGAAAUUCGAGAUACCUUCUCCAAAUGCGGCGUUAUCGCCGAGGAAAUCGACAGCGGCCGUCCCCGUAUCAAGAUGUACAAUGACGAUGAUGGGAAGUUCAAGGGGGAAGCUCUCGUCGUAUACUUCCGACCGGAGUCCGUCAACCUCGCAAUUCAGAUGCUGGAUGAUUCAAACUUCCGGAUCGGCCAGGAAGGUCCCCAGGGACCCAUGCGAGUUCAAAUGGCGGAUUUCUCUUUUAAGAGCCAGCAGGAACAACCGGUUAAGACCAGCAUGAAGGACAAGAGAAAGAUUAUACAGAGGACCCAGAAAUUAAAUAGCAAACUCGCCGACUGGGACGAUGACGACCCUUCCACGCUACCGGAGACCAACUCCAAAUUCGAGAAGGUCGUGAUCUUGAAGCAUAUGUUUACUUUGGAAGAACUAGACGAGGACCCGGCCGCCAUUCUGGAUAUCAAAGAGGAUAUUCGUGAAGAAUGCUCCAAAUUGGGGGAAGUGACGAACGUUGUGCUUUACGAUAAAGAGGCCGACGGCGUUGUCAUGGUCCGCUUCCUGGAGCCAGAAUCGGCCAAACGCUGCAUCCAGGUCAUGGAUGGACGGUAUUUUGGCGGGACGCGAGUUGAGGCAUAUAUUGCCACUGGUGGUGAGCGAUUUAAGAAGAGCAAUGAGAAGCGAGCGGCGCUGGAGGAUCUAGCGGAGAAGGGAUUCGAUGCCGAAGACUCCGACGAAGAGCAACGGCUGGAUGAGUUUGGCACGUGGCUGGAAAGCUCGCACACGGUGGAGAACACGGCCAAAUGAUGGAAUCGUCGUCAGAAUGUAUCAUAGGUAGCUUGGAGCCCAAGCAGACAAAGGAAAUGCAAACCCUCCACCUCAUAGUAC